AGUGGGGCUGUUCUUCUUUUGAAAGGCAUAAUAGCAUGGACCAGAAAUGGGAUUCUGGAUCUGGACUAACUUCUGCUUUUCUUGGUCUCUCCUGAGAACGCCCAGGAUGUGGGGCUUUGCAUUGAUCUGGGGUCUCAUGGUGGAAGUGGCUUUGGGGGCUUUCCUUAUACAGGUGAAUGUCUCACAGACAGAAAGACCAUUAAAACACUUCUGGAAAAGCACUGGAUACUGUCCUCCUCUACCACACAGCAGAGCAGAUCUGUUCGAUCUCAGUAAAGACCAGACAAUAAAUCUGGCUUACAUUUCUUCUGUACCACACAACGGCAUUGAACAAAUUAGAAUCCACUGGCUUCUGGAACUUGUUCAAGUUGGGAUGGAAAAUGGGACACUUCACUACAAUUUCACCAACCUGGAUAAAUUCAUGGAUCUUUUGUGGGGAGAAAAACUACAUCCAGGAUUUGAGUUGAUGGGAAGUCCUUCAGGAUACUUCACAGACUUUGAGGAUAAAAAGCAGGUGAGACAGUGGAAGGACUUGAUAACACAGUUGGCUCAGAGAUACAUAGAGCGGUAUGGAUUGAAAUAUGUUUCUAAGUGGAAUUUUGAGACUUGGAACGAGCCAGAUCACCAGGAUUUUGACAAUAUAUCUAUGACAAUUAAUGGAUUCCUCAACUACUAUGAUGCCUGCUCUGAAGGAUUAAGAGAAGCUAGUCCUCAGCUCAAACUGGGAGGCCCAGGCGACUCUUUCCAUCCCUUCCCAAAGUCUCCAAUAUGCUGGAACCUCCUCAGUCACUGCUACAAUGGAACAAAUUUCUUCACUGGAGAGACAGGUGUCAGGCUGGAUUACAUUGCUAUGCAUAAGAAGGGAGCUGGGAGCUCACUUCACAUCUUAGAACAAGAAAUUGAAGCAGUGGGACAGAUUCAGAAAAUCUUCCCCAGUUUUGCCUCUGUGCCAAUAUUCAAUGAUGAGGCAGAUCCACUUGUGGGUUGGUCAUUUCCACAGCCCUGGAGAGCUGAUGUAACCUAUGCAGCUAUGGUGGCAAAGGUUAUUGCCCAACAUCAAAAUCUACUGAUUGCUAAAGCCAAUAACACCAUCAACUACACUUUGCUGAGCAACGACAAUGCCUUUCUGAGCUACCAUCCCCAUUACUUCACCCAGAGAACACUGACGGCACGCUUUCAGAUGAACAACACAAAUCCCCCACAUGUCCAGAUGGUGAGGAAGCCUGUGCUCACUGUGAUGGGCUUGCUGGCCCUGCUAGGGGAGGAACAAGUCUCUGCCAAUAUCUACUGUCAUGAAUCAGAAGACUGUAAUACACUUGGAGUCAUAGCUAGCCUUCACAGACCUAUUGAACUACAACCAUCAGACAGCUGGCAGGGGUCCAUACUAAUCUAUUCCAGCAAUGAUAAUCAGACAUCUUCAAACAUCAGUAUUGUGACAAUAAAUAUAACCAGCUUGCCCAAACACAAAGAACUUGUAUAUGUGACUUAUUACAUGGAUAACUACCUCACCAACCCGUAUUUGCAAUGGAAGAAACUGGGAGCUCCAGAUUUUCCUUCUCUGAAGCAACUGGAGAAGAUAAGAGAAGCUGAGGACCCUAUGGUGAAAGGGCCAUUUCCCCUUCCUGCAACAGGUCAUCUGAUACUGAAACAAGAGCUCCCAAUUCCAGCUGUCUUUCUUCUCCAUAUCUGUGCAAAGCCCCUUGCUGCUCCCAAUCAGGUGAGCAGCGUUCGCCUCACUGGUCUCACAAACAGACAGGUUUUGGUAACGUGGGAUGACAGCUGUGUGAAUUCAAAGUGUCUGAAAAAAUUUGAAGUAGUGUUCUCACAGGAUGGGAAAGCAUACAAGCAGAUCACUGUCAAAGACAGCAUAUUUACAAUGCUAGUCUAUAGCCCAGGAACAACAGUCAUGGGAUUUUACAAGGUGCGUGCUGUGGAUUACUGGAACAGAGCAGGCCCAUUUUCGCUUCCAGUUUACUACAACGGAGCAUCUUGAGAAGGAACAAGAGUUUUCUACAGAUGUUAUAGAAUCAAGCCUGCAAUUUGCACCAGCUUCGUGCCAUCUUCCCUGCCUUAAUUUCCACAUAAAGCUUCUACUUUUGAAGCUCCCCCAACCCAGCCAUUCCUCCCACUACUUGUAUGCGGAAACAUAUUACAACAUUUCCAAGCUCAUACGUUUUUUGGACUGCAACUUCCAGCAGUUCUAGCCAGUAGGCAGCCAAGGGUGAGGGAAGACUGAAGUUGCAGUCCAACUUCUGGAUGGCCAACCCUAUCCCUGUCAUUGCAUUAAAACAAAGCAGUAGCUCUUGGUGGGCUCCUCUUUUUACAGACCAGAUUGAGAGAUGGCCAUGGUUAUUGUUAAUAGCUAGUGUAAAAUAGUCAUCUCAAGAUCUGUGUGUAAUAUGACUUGACUAUGUAAUUUAUAUUGCUUUGUAUAAAGCUUUGUGUGGGAAAAAGGAUUCAUACCAACACUGUUUUCCAGCUGAAAAUGCUAAAAUAUCAUUAUGGGCUGACAUUGGAGGAAACAGCUUCGAGAAUGCUGUCAUUUCCACAAAUCUACUCCGGAUCAAUGAGGGGCUUCACAAGAAGCACUCAGCCUCCUCCCCCAGUCUUGGCUUGGGAAAAGAAGGGAAAAAAACAUCAGGUUUCAUUGGUUUCCUAGUUCUUUAUGACAAACACACACAUGCACUGGGUGUUGUGCAGCAUCGGCGAGUGGGUCUGCACACAAUUUUGGAACCUAGGCCUUAAGGACAAUAAGCAUCCCUCCUCACUGGGAGUGGAAUGCAGCAGAAAUACUAGACAGCAUAUUUAAUUAUUUGUGCAAGGAAGAAAUUAUCAGUGGGACUAUCCAGUCUUACUGAGCAAUGGCAUUGCUUAUGUUUAUUUCUAAAUAUUUGUUCACCUGCAAUAAAAUGGUGGUGGAGGAGGAGGAGGAAGUGAGAUCCAGGCUUUGAUUUCUCAAAACAGAGAUACUAUACUACUAGCUGUCUUAUAAACCUGGAAGACAAGCUGUUUUCCAUUUUGCAGCCUGCUGUAUUUGUUUAAAUCCCACUUUUUCACUGACAGAGUAUUGUAUUUACAGCCAGCACAGCUGGCCUUUCAAGUAUGUGGAUCCUUGACUAACAGAACAAUCCCAUACCUCUAAAAUGGCAUGUAUAGCUGCUUAUGUUGAAAGGAAACGAAGUAUUGUAGAAUGACUAUAAGAUUGAGUCAGGGAGCUUUCUAUCCAGAUCUCAGUCAUGAAUAUAUUAGGUUAUCUUAUGUGAGCUAUUCUCAAGCCAGUGAUAGCUGUCAUAGCUGAUAUCCUGUAUCACAGUUGUGACUUCAUAACCAGACGUUAUGUACCCAUGUCUGUUACUUAUUCAAAAUCCCUACAUAGCCACAUAGGUCCCCCAGUCUCCACUUACUGGGAAGCAGCUUUUGCAAUCAAUGGGGGGUCAAUUCCCCUGUUGCUCAGAAAGCAUUUGACUGCCAUUCCUACCCCCAACAAGCCAUCUCCAUGUGAGGGGGAAUUGCAGCAGUGUUUCUGCGCAUUGCAGUGGGGUUUGCUUAUAGAAGGGGGUGAAAACAGCAGCCACCUUUUUCUGAGCAACAGGGGAACAGACCCACAUCAAUCGCAGUAGCUGCUGCUCAGUAAGUGGCAAUGGGGAAGGAGGGUUGAGCCAGAAUUCAGUGCAUAGCACUGUAACUUCAGUGCAAGACCUUACUGGAUUCUGACCAUCAUUUUUGGUCAGUCUCCUCCCCCCCCCCCCCCAAAAAAAUUACAGUGCCAUAGAAUGACUUGAAAUGAAGACUGUGGCUGGAAACUAUAGUGCCAGAGCACAAUUAGGGAGCCCUGGUGGUGCAUGGCUUAAAUGCUGGUACUGCAGCCACUCAUAGCCACUCACAACCAUGAGGUUGUGAGUUCAAUACCAGUCAGGGGCUCCAAGGUCGACUUAGCCUGGCACCCUUCUGAGGUCGCUAAAAUGAGUACCUAGCUUGUUGGGGGCAGUUAGAUUACACAUUAUAAACUGCUUAGGGAGUGUUUAAGUGUACUGAUAAGUGGUAUAGAAAUGUGUUUGCUAUUGCUGUUAAAGGCAUUUUCAAAUGUAGUUGUAAAAAAACCCCACUGAGUUGGGUUCAGCCCAUAUGCCAGUGGGUGGGGGUCUCGUCAUCUGCCCAAGGAUCCCAGAUGCUUAAACAGACUGUGCAGA